AUGAUGGAAGAAUUGCAUAGCCUGGACCCACGGCGGCAGGAAUUAUUAGAGGCCAGGUUUACUGGAGUUGGUGUCAGUAAGGGGCUAGCCGGACUCUACAUUCACCACCCGUCACCAGCCUGGGGACCAUGGCGCUGUAAUGACGUCAGCAGUGGUUUUCUGACUUCUCUGAUUCUCUGGAAAUCAGCUGUGGUAAAAUAA